GAUCCAAAGAGUUUUCGAAACGAUUAUACACGUAUGGAAAGCCGUCUCUCUCGUGGGAAGAAGCAGCCAGAAUACAGAGUACGGUCUCAGGGUAUCCGAGAUAUCUUCUAUUUCGUCAAUGGUGUUCAGAGAUUCUCAUCCCGGCAUCCAAGCCAUUAUAUGAAUAGAGGGGUUUGUUAUCGCUCUACCGACUUCCUGUCGAUGAAUCCUUCGUCUCCGUAUAUCGAGCAUGCCAGCCUAAAGGUCUAUUGUGUACCCGCGGUUUUGUCACCUUUUCUUCUCCAGAUUUAAUGACCGAACCAUUCUCGGUACCAUUCCAUUUCUCUUCUCGUACGAUAUUCACCUGUAACGUUAUUUUCCUCGAGAUUCCUCCAAAGAUUCGCAUCCUUCUACUUUAAAGCUCGAUACACUCGAGAAAUCCACUGUUUCCGUACCUCGUGUCACGUAGUUACAUUAACUCGCUCUAACAAGGAAGCUUGCCUGUAAAAGAGGAGAUACGUCGGAAAAUCGGGUCAGCUGUUGUUACUUCGAGUUGUUGGUUUGCACAGCGCCAACAUUGUGCCGUGUAACACGUUGACUUUGACUACUAGCCUCGAAAGAGGGAUACGUACGUGCCAGAAGUUGGCCGAAGUAAUCGCUUGCAGCCAGUCUAUUGGCUUCGAGUGUGGUCCUUCAGGAAGUGCAGACAAUUUGCAAUCGUGUUGCAUUUAGUUACCGCAUAUCGAAUAGUCAAUUUCGAAAUGUAUAUAUCAAUCGUAACAGGAUUUCAUCAAUUUUUAUCUUCACAUCGGUCAUUCGAUAUUCAACAAUUUAAUGUUCAAACGAAGGUAGUCUAUGAAACGUUAAAAGUAAUCCAUGCCUGGCUGAAACGCUGUUCGAUAUUCUCUAUUAAUCUAUCAUCGGGUAAUUUCCAUUCGACAAACAUCCUUAAUCGUACGAUUGGAAAUGGUACAUACCGGUAAAUCCGUUCGCGUUAAUUUGCCUUUCAUAUCUCCCGUAUUCCUUCGCCUGUGUGGGUGCGUUAUCCGCAAACCAAACCGUGUACCAUGCAUCGUUCCGACACAAUUAAACGAAACGGAAAUUGGGAUAACUAACUGUGAGUUUCCUGUUUUCCUUGCAAAUCUUCCUGCAUAAGUAUCUGUAUCCAUGAUGCGUUUAUUCAAAUCGUGUCGCAUCGAAACUUUUAUGUUAAAUCCAACGUAUUUGAAUUUUGAUUCGUUUCAAAAUUAAUCUUUGUAAAGCUCAGGCAUUUCAAAGUCGCUUCGAGUUAUUUUUGAAAACCCCAGGAUGUAAAUUCAGACCCUCCCUUGACGAAGAAGUUAGGGUUGCGUGAUCAGACUUUGACGAGCAAUCAGUGUCAGAUGUUAAAUUGGACAGCCAAGUUUAAUUAACCUUUCCUGCAUUAAUCCUUUGAGCUUUGUAAUUUUCAAAAAAUAUGGUAAUUUAUCGCCAAAGCCGCAAAGUCGACUUUAGCUUCGCGCAGGGGAACAAAGGAUUAAAAAUCACAAAGGAAAAUCUCUGCACAAUUGUGAAAUAAAUCUUUAUGAAACGAAAGCAUGAAUUCGCAGCGGUUUAUCCAAUAAUGUGUCGCGUAAUCGAAUCUCCGGGGGUAACGCCAGUACAGGACCGACGGGUGAGAGCUACAUUUGCGUAAAUAAUUCUACACCGAUAGGAUAAUCAAUGCGUGGGGGAUUACGGUGUACAUAUAUCGUUAGUUUGUUACCGGGGAUAUUAGUUUCCGGCUGUUUCUGCGCGUGCAUAUGAACACAAAGCGUGCGAAACGAUAGAUAUUCCCGCGGAUAUGCUCAUUAGAAUACAUCAUCUCGUACAAUGAUACUGUGCCUCUCACUGUUCGCGCAAACAAUAUUAAUUCUUCAAAUUUCAUUUUCUCCAAUCAAACAUCACAAUAGACAUUAAUAUUUGAAGCAUUUAGAAUUUAAAUUUUGGGGAGAAUUUCCCUGAAUCUUAUAGUAAAUUAUUUAUAAAAUUUCAGCAGGUAAAAGGAUUUUUAUGAAAAACAGCUUCCAUUAAUCGAAUAAGCGAUUCAUUUCAAUUAGCCAGGUGUCAGGUAGCCUUUAAAUUUCCAUCACCUUACACGUGGCGUUAAUCCAUAGAUCGGUAUGUUUCUUAAAAAUAGAAGAGAAAUUAUUGAAUUUCAUUAAGAGGUUUCUGCUCCAAAUAUCAGCGGUGCUAAUGCGCAUAAUUAUAUCGCGCCUCGCUUUGAUUACUUUCCAAUAAUACUUUGUGUAAUUUUCAUUGCACCUUUGGUCUGAUCUAAUUACGGUCCUUUCAUUAGGUGCUCGAUUUUUAUCUUUGCAUUCUUAUCCGUCCACUUUCUAUUCAUUAUAAUGGAUGCUGAGUGCUUCAAACGUCUUCGAAGACUGUUUUAUUAAUUUCCAAGGCUUUUUUACUAAUACUUCUGUUUCUUUUACAGGUGUCAUCGAUUAAUUACGUAACCAAGAUAUGAGUAAUACGGGUAUUUACUUCGCGGUGGGAAACCACGGGCUAGAGGACGUGCAAACAUCGCCUUAAAGCACUUAAUCCGGCUUAAUCCUGUGCAUACCUUUCACGGCUCCUUAAUGUCGCUUCGGUUCGUACGUUGCGGUUCGUACACAGCCUUCUCGAAGUUGCCCGCUCGAUUAUUCGUGUUUGAAAGGCAAGCACCUGCUCGAGAACACUUGACAAAUUAGUUAUUAUGUCAACAGAGCUAUCGAAAGAAUCUAAGGUCCAAGGAAUUGUUCCAUUCUAUUCUUCAAGGAACAGAAAUUUUUAAAGAAAUUCGCAUUUACGUGUCAAAGUAAACGGAUAGUUACAUUAAUGGUGUCGAAAUUGUUUACAGAGUGACAUCCAGUAACUUCGAGGCUUCGAACACCAUUUCCUCUCGAAACUUUUCAAAUAAAGCCGACUAACAACAGGCUGGAAAGUUGAGAUACAUCCUGGAAAUCGUUCGAACGACUACACCCGUUUGGAUAACUUGAAGAACCGAUAUGUUUGCCGAGCUUUCGAAGAAAGAAUCGAACAGACGUUAUUCCUUGCUUGAUUCUAGUUUUUGGGAAAAGCUGUACCUCAGUCGAAUCGAGGGAAUAAACGAGGCCCCGUGUAGGUGGAUAAAGGAAAAGCAGGAUAGGAGGAAGAAACCACAAAACCAAUAGUGGCGUGCAAGCAUCUUUCACCGAGAAAAUAUUUCCCACUAGACGUUCCACCAGGAGUCUUAUAUACGAUCGGGAUCCAGACACGAGUAAACAUGAUUCUCUUCGGCCAACAUGUCCCCGAAGAAUAGAGCUUGGAUCGAAAUGAUGCAGUGGGUCAUUUGAAGUCAGUGCAGUGGGUGCAAUGGGUGCAGUGGGUGCAGUGGUGCAAGUCAACGAAUGACAAGGAUACAGACAACGUGGACAAUGAAGUGGUGCUUGGUGAUGCUGAUUUUGGCCGGUGUCACUCGGGCCGACAACUCCGUCGAGUCGACGUAUAUGAACUUCAGAUGCCCUCCGCUGAAUUCGCAGGAAGAGAUAGAUCUUAAUGCGAUAAUGGGCAAAUGGUACGUGGUGGAAGUGUUGGAGCACAAAGUCGACCCUCUGAAACCUUUGAGCGGAUCGUACGUGGUGAACUCUUGUCCGAUAGUGAAGCUGAGAGCGAUCGAGAACGCGGCCAAGUUUUUCUCCUCGUUGAGGCUCUUGUGGUCCGAGGAGAUGGGCAAUCUUGAGUACACUUUUCGAAUACCGGACAUCACCAGGAAGCCGGGUUUCUGGAUCUCCGAUUCUCAGCAAAACGGUACUCUGGUGCAGAAACAGUACUCGCAGUUCACCGGGAACGUGUACGUGAUGAAAGCAGUCGCAUCGGACAUGGUGUUGACUUUCUGCGCCGGAAAUCCUGACAAUCAGCUUUACUCGCUGCUGCUGGCGCGCGAGCAUAUCCUCUCGAAGAGCGACAAGCGUGGAGUCCACAACCUCCUCGUUCGUCGUGGCCUGAAGAUCGUCAACAUCCGAGAGACUUGUAUGAACAGCGCUGCCUUGCGAAGAGCUUCCAUCAAUCUGAUCGGUUUACUCGGAUUGAUGGGGGUGUUGUUCAACGUUCUCUUCGGCUCCUGGUAGUGGUGAUCGUUGAUAAGAAAAAAACGAUCGAAUUUCUGAGAAAAAUCGUUAGCUGACUUGGGCUGAUCAUUCGCGACGAUUCUCUUUCCUUUCUUCCGUUCGAGAAUCGUGGCACGUUUUUCAUUUUUCGGAUCACCAGCGGAGGGAGAACAGAGGAUGACAAUAUUGCAGAGGGUGUUUGAGAAAUGAUAUCAAUUGGAUCAUCGUUAACGAUACUGCCAUCGAUGCUAAGGGAUUAUUCAAAGAUUCUAUCUUUUAUUUCAACAAUCAUUCAGUAAUUUUAUUUUUUUUUCCUUAGGUGAUCCUGAUACACCUUCAAAAUUGAAUGCUGCGCUAAUUAAGCUGUCGAACCAUGGCUCUAUGGGGAAUCAAAAUUUUGUCAAAUCAAAAUCAGUUUCAAUUUCAGCCGUCCUGGUUCUUGGUUUCCUGAUACCAAGACAGUGUUCUUUCAAUGAAAUUCUCAGUCGAGGGAUCUCUUAUAGUAUACAAGAGAAGGAGUAGGUCGUUACUCUUCGCGGAUGAAAAAACGGCCCUUAAUUGCCAACGCAGCUAACGAUCUCGCGUCUCGUGUCUGUUGCAGAACGCAAUCGUAACGAGAAUCUCGCCGAAAAAUAAGAAAGAUGAACUAAAAUAGAGAAAAAAAAAGAAAAGAGCCGAAAGGAAUUCGUGGACGAGGAACACGAUUCGACCGUCCUGGAUUCCAUUUCUCGCGACAAUGCCCAGCUUCCAUGGGAACGAUUCGAUUCGAUUCGUUUCGUUUCCGCUCGAUUCUCCCACUCGGAAUACACUCGGGUCGUCUUGGCCCUUGUUGUCCUCGUUAUCGCGAGAUUUCGUUCCUUCUCGAAGGAGACGCCGAUCCCUCGAGCGUUCUCGACUGAAACAAUACGGGCUCGAUGAUACCUGUCCGUUCGCGUAUUUAUAAUAGCCUAGAUGAACUCGUUCUCGUUGAUCGAAGAGGAAUCGAAGUGUUCAAUGACCCGAUGUCGUGUCGGCUCUUUCAGUUCGAAGACGAUGGUGUACGAUUACACCCUUAGGAAUUAGAGACAGAGAGAUCAUUUAUUUUUAAAUCAUUUCUUAAUGGAGGGAGCUCUUUUAUUUAGAAGUUUGGGUAUCUAAAUUUAUUAAAAGUUAUUCAAGGGUUAAAUGUGUAGCCAUGAAUUAAUUUUUCAAACUGAAGCAUAUUUAACACCCCUAAUUUUAAAUUACAUUAAAAAAUGAAUAUCCUCAGAAAAAUAUUGUCUCGGUAAAAGUAAAAUGCUCCUUGCUCCUUUCACAUCGAAUUGAAAUCUUACAAAGGUUCACAAUUUGAUUAUCCUUCACGAUUUCUCGUCUGAGAGGUAGUAACUCGAACCCUAGGAAACAUAUCUCAAGAAGCUACCAUUACUGGAGAGAAGAUGGUGAAAUUCAGCUCGAUAACAAAAGAGGGUUUCGUGUAGAACGCGAGAAGAAAAUUUUCCUCGUGAAAUAUCCGCGACACGUGUCGGAUAACCGGGGGCUGAAAGGGUUGAACACUGAGUACCGAUUCUUCCAAGCAAAAGAUAAUCCUCUGAAGUGGACGAGCUUCUCUCGUGAACAUUAGUCGCGUUAGAUAGAAGAAAAAAAAAAUGCAUGUUUGUAUGUAAAUUCUCGAUUCGUGGAUUUAAGAAGACAAUAGUACUAUUCCGUGUGAAUUUUCACGCUAAAAUUCCGCGUGGCAUCAUCUUUAUGAUAGAAAAUUCGAACAAAGGCCGGAUUUGUCGUGAAACAAUUAGAAGAAGAAGAAGAAGAAGAGACCGGUAGAAUUCUAUUCGCUGUUCUUCGAUCUUCUUUUUUUAUUUAUUGUAUUUCAUAUCGAUCGUGUCACGAUUCAUUCCGUGAGUCUUUCUUCUGCCUCGAAUUCGAAAGAGGAAGAUUCUAUUCGACGAUGGGGAAGAGCAGUGUACGUUGUACCAUUGUAAGAUAGUUUCCAUUAAAUCGUUAGAGACGAUUAUUAUUAUUAUUAUUAUAAUAACUGUGUGUCAUGAUCGAAGUUGACCUAAAAUUAUUCGAUCGAGUAAUCGCGUUCGUUUUACUCAAUCGCAAUCGCUUCUCAAUCAAAGAAUCUUCGUACGCUGAACACGAUUUUCUCUUUUUAUACUUACCGAAAUGUAUUCGUUCGGACGAUGUUUUUAUAUGAACCCUCGAUUAUCUGCCAGUAUUCAUGUCCCGUAUGCCUUUUUAUACGGACUUUCGAACGUACAAAAUUCUAUUGUAAAAGAUUUUUUACCCUGUAUCCUGCGCGUUUGAAUUUGAAUGCGAGCUGCCGCGUUAGAUGUGGGACAAAUCGAGUCUGCUAAUUUGAGAUAUAAACUCCUCCAACGAUGGAAAUUGAAAUUUAAUUCUAGGAUUGUUCUUCAUUUUAAUUUUCUGAAUUUUAGACUAUUCGUAAUUUCGAAUGGUGGCAAAUGAAAUUUAAUUUUGGGAUCAUUAUUCGUUUUAAUUUUCUGAAGUUUGGAUUAUUCCUUUGAAAUUUGGGCUUCUAAUUUUAUUAGAAAUUAUUAUUGUCCCACAAAUAGCGUGCUAAAAUACUUCUUCCUCCAGUUUACAUGUAUCGUUAAUAUUAAAAAAAGCAAACGAAUGCGUUUGAGUGGAGUCUUGCGUUUAUCUAACGCAAUUUCUAAUGGCUACGUGAUUCUAUAAUUGAAACUGAAUAAGAACAGUUACGAUUUAUUUAAUGAAAAAAUUCUACGAAAGAAAACUGCUAUCUGUACAUAUAUCCUCGGAUAUGAAACAGUCUACUGUUGUAACAACGUUGAUGAGCAUUUAAUAUGAACUCGUUAAAUUAUUGAAUGGCAAUCGCAAAAGAGUACGCCGUGUUAUGUUUUAAAUGCUCUAGAGUCUUUAUUUAUUGUACAAAAAUAAAAGAAUGCUCGAUAUAAAGAUGAAUAAAUAAAAUGAAAUAUAUAUAUAUAAUAAUACGAUCUAGUACCUAAUACGAUGUAAUCGUAUGCUUAUUAUGUGUAUAAAUAUGAAACAAUAAAGAGAUCACUUGGACGGUU